GCGCCAAGCCUGUGUCCCGCCGCCUCCUUGGUCGCGUUUUUUUUCGUGGCCGCGACCGUCCAGUUCCAUCGCCAAGGCCGCCGCCUCCCCAGCAGAUCGAUCCCGUCGCUCUCCUCGCCAAGGCCGCCAGGUCAGACUCAUUCAAAUGGAAGGAGAUGGAUUCUUGACAGACAUUCUUCUCAAUUAAGAUCAUGGUGGUUUUGCUGGUGGUAUGGAGGACAACCUCAACAUUCCGAUCACACAAGGCAUUAUUUCCGAAGGUCAACAAGCCCAUGUGGAAGUGCAGCCAAGUCGCAACACAAAGGGAUCCAAGAGGACAAAAAAUUUUGAUUGGAAGGAAGACGAAGUUGUAUGCUCUGGUUGGUUGAACGUUAGCAAAGAUCCCAUUAACGGUGCCAAUCAAUCUCGUUCCACAUUUUGGAGUAGAGUUCAUGCUUUCUUUGAGGAACACAAGCAAACUGCAGCUGUGAGGACAGAGAGUUCCAUUAUGCAUAGGUGGCUGACAAUUCAGUCACAAGUGAACAAGUAUUGUUGUUGCUAUGAUAAGAUUGAGCGUAGGAAUCAAAGUGGACAAACUAUCCAAGACAAGAUUUCAGAAGCAUCCAAGUUGUACCAGGGAUUAGACAAUGAUAAUAAGUCAUUCACUCUUAUACAUUGUUGGAAUAUAUUGAAGGAGGAGGACAAGUGGAAAGCCAAGAGGAUUGAACUUGCCGAGCUGGAAAAACUAUCAAACAAGAAAAAACAGAAGUCCAGACCAAGGGAUACAGAAGGCACCAACAAUGAUGAAGAUGCAGCAAAGGAAGUUGCUCCAGAAACCGAAGCAAGCAAAAGGCCACCGGGGGUAAAGAAGGCAAAAGAAGCACUUAGGCGAGGCGGUGGUGGUGAUGCUUGCAUGGAAGCUUUGGACAAGAUGUGGUCCAAGAAUGAUAGCUGCUAGCUGCAAUGAAUUGCC